AUGCAGGUGAUAUCGCUCAACACACAGGACUCCAGCGAGAGAAUAAAACUGUCUUCUAUAACGUCGUCAGUGUCGAAGUCCAGAAAGGUGGUCGUUCUGACAGGAGCAGGUAUAUCAUGUAAUGCCGGGAUUCCUGACUUCAGGUCGUCUGAAGGACUAUACAAUAUGGUUAAGGCCAAGCACCCCAACCUGGUUGUGAAGGGCAAGGACCUUUUCGACAUCUCUUUGUUCAGAGACGAGGAUACGAUGAAGAUCUUCUGUACUUUCAUGGAACAACUUUAUAGCCACACGAUAUGUGCCAAUCCAACAGAGACCCACAAGUUCCUCAGGAGACUAAUGGAAAGAAAGAAGCUGAUUAAAUGCUACACACAAAACAUCGACGGAAUCGAGAGAAAGGUAGGGAUGAGGACAGGGACCGAGGGAAAGUGGAAAGAUCUGGACACGGUUCAGUUGCAUGGCGAUCUGAACUCUUUGGCAUGCACUCAAUGCUUCCAGACCUAUUCAUGGGAGGAGAAACAUAAGGAGAUGUUGAGAGAAGGAGAAAUGCCGGAAUGCCCGGAUUGCGUUGCCAAAUUCGAGGAGAGGCUGAGUUGUGGAAAGAGACUUGCCAGUAGUAAUAUCGGUAUUUUGAGGCCGAAUAUCAUCCUUUAUGGCGAGAACCACCCACAUGCAGAGAGCAUUGCGCGUGGAAUCCAACAGGAUGCCAACCGUGCUCCCAACUUACUUUUGAUCUUUGGAACAUCUCUCAAGGUUGAUGGAGUGAAGAAGCUUGUGAGGACGAUGGCCAAGAAGAUCCAUGAGAAGGAGAAUGGCCUGGUGAUUUUCAUUAACCAGACCCAAAUAUCGACAUCGUCCUGGGAUGGAAUAAUAGAUUAUCAGAUCCAGGCCGAUUGCGACGAGUGGAUCAUAAACCUGAAAAAGGAAAUCCCGGAUCUUUUCCUGACACAGGCCCAGCUGGACCUGAAGAAGCAGAAGAAGGUAAAGGAGCAAGAUUACAGCAUCGCAGCAUUGACACCUCCAAGCACCCCCAAGCACAAAGACAGGUAUUUGAAUCUGAUUUUGAACACCCCUUCACCGAAAAAAAGCAAGCCAGUGUCCAUAUUCUCCGAUUCUGAGUACCCUAUCACUGCGUCGUCUCCCAGAAGAACACCUAGAAAGACCAGAUUGAUCAACGACAAGGAGAACGUGGAAAGGAUAUCACCCCCAUUUUCCCCUAUCGCCAAAAUGAGCCCUUUCAAGAAACCGGAGCUGGCAUCGCCUGAGUUUUCACCACUCAAAAAGUGUCAAUCUCCAUCCAAGAAACGCAAACUUGCCCAGGAGGUCGAGCUGGAAGAGAACAAUGUCUUCAUGAAACGCACACGCAGCACGAGAUCGCUUUCACCGGCUCGUUGA